UUGUAUGUGCGGUGCGGUUUGGAGAUGUAUUUUGAAAUGUCAAACGUUCACGUGAAUCGAUUUGUGGAUAUCUUUGUUAAUGCCCGUAGUGCAGUUACUGUUCCACACACUUUCGCGAAGGAAUUAUCUCCACAUCUAAAAUAUCUAGUGCAGUUCUUUCCUAAUUUAUACUUUACUUAUUAACAAUGGUUGAUUUUAACGUCGGUGUUGUUGUAGCUGCUGCAGGCUCGGGUACCAGAUUAGGCGGAUCUGUACCUAAGCAAUACCACAGAAUAUUGGAUAAACCACUUAUGUUCUACCCUUUGGAAACGUUCCUAGACAACUUGUGGGUGACGCGGGUGGCAUUGGUGGUUGACAACGUAGAGAAGGUGAAGGCCAUGCUGCAAGAAUGUGGAUGCAGCAACAUACAGAAAGUAACUGUGGUGAAGGGAGAAAACACUCGACAUAGAUCCAUCAGAGCUGGGUUACUAGAGCUCCACAAACAGUUUGCAGAUGAACUAAGAGUGGUAGUGGUCCACGAUGGAGUUCGGCCUUUGGUCCCUCACAGCUUGCUGCGGGAGCUGGUACUUGGUGCAGAUAAACAUGGUGCAGCUGGUGCAGUCCGGCCUUUGGUUUCAACAGUUUUGCGUUCAGGACAAGAUGGCUUUCUGGUGGACAGCUUGGACCGGUCACUUCAUGUGGCCAGCGAGACACCACAAGCUUUCCAACUAUCUGUGCUUCUAUCUGCGUAUAACAAGUGUUCAGAAGAAGACUUGGACCAUGGGACAGAGUGUUUGCACUUGACACUAAAGCACUGUGGAAUCAAGGCCAAAUUGGUUCAAGGUUCUGAGGAUCUGUGGAAGGUGACUCAUCGUAAAGACCUGCUUCUGGCCACUACAGCUAUCAAACAGAAGGGGAACAAUGUGUGCAUCAUCGCAGCAGAGAAAACAGCUGUGAUCAGCCAGCUGUUGGACAGUGUGGGUAGCGUGGCUAAUGCUGUGAGACAUAUUGUCAGUACUGUCUGCAGCUCUGAUGUAGACAACCUCACCUACAACACUGUCAUUGUCUUCCACGAGCAGGAGAUACAACAGGACACACACCUUGUCGAUUUCGCCUCUAUGCUCGAUACAGAUAAAUUGGGUUUGAUCAUUCACGUCAUUGACAAUGCGAGUGUGGAGGGAAUGCAGGGCAUGUCUGUGUACAAUCUCCAACGCAGCGGACGCAGCAUGGCUCACCACUAUGAGAAACUUCGUAAAGGAGUCGUCAUCAUCCACUGUAUAAGUGGCAGUGAUGACACACAACUUGUCGAUCUACUCACCACAUUAGUCAAAGCUGAUCCACAAACAUUUUCAGGUCAAACUCUUUUUAUAUAAGUUGAUUUUUUUUAUAAUCUUAUUGAAAACAAAACUGUAAUUAAAUAUUAUUUUGGGAUAAAACAAGAAAUAUUUGCUAACCUAUUGUAUGUGUAUUGACAUUAUUUCAAAUUCAUAAUUUUUGGUAAUUAAAAUGGUAUAUUUACCAAUACAAUUUAGUAUAUUUCACUGCUUGGGCUAUUUUAAUAGCUCUUCAAAUUUUAUUUAUUUCAAGAGAUGUUAGUUAAACUUCUAUAUGUGUUUUUUAAUCUUCAUUCAUCUUAAUAGGAAUAUAUUCUUACUUUUCAAGUUAUUGUUAAAAUUAAUGUUUUCUAAAAUAAUUUAAAUAACCUAAAAUUAUAUUCAAUACUGUUAUUGAAAUGUAAUUUAGAUUGAAUACAAAUGACUUGUUUUAUUUCUUUUAAUGCAAUUUAACAUUUUGACAGUGUUUUCAACUCUUGUUUUGUCGAUCAGUUUUAGAGUUUAUAUCUGUAUAAAUAGUUGCAAUAUUGGCUUAUAUUCAAGAUUCGUGUUUACUGAAUGUUAAGAAAUAUCCUAGAAAGAUAGGAUUUUUUAAAAUCUGACAAUUUGAUUUUGUUGUGUUGGGCAAGUAAGGAAUGGAGUGAUUUUUGUAAAUUUAAUAAAUUUUAACAAAAACGAGCAAUUGUCAGUUGCAAUUGUGUUUCUAUAAGUAAGAAAAUGAUCCUAUUACUUAAUGCCAAUUUGAGUAUUUAUGAUACUAGGUGUUGACUUGGAAGUUUUCUUGGAAUAAAUUACUUUUUCUCAUGGUGUAAAUUUACAUCUGAAAUAUAGUAACUUUUCAAAUUCAGAUUUUCUGUUGCUCUGUAAUAAUUACUAAUGAUUCUAGUUAUUUACUUAGGUUUAUUCAGUUUUAGUUGUAUUUUCAACAUAAAGGCAUUAGUAAUUGUUGACAGUAUAAUGUUUCUUUUAAAAUUAUGUAUUGAUUUCAGUUGAUUAUUUGUGGAAAUUAAAUUAAAUUUAUAAUCAAA